UGCUGCGGUGUUUUUUCGCGUUGGUUUGUUUCAAGUUCUUGGCAGAAUACAGGCUAUCUUUUUCCUUUUUAUUUCUCAUUUGAAAUCCGAGUUUUUAUCAUUCACUGCUCAAGCUGAAUCCUGACCAGAAUGGUGUUGUUAUCUCUUCAAUAAUGUUAAUAAGUGCAUCGAUUUUUAUAUAAGAAUAGCCUAUGUACUAUUUACACUUUAUUUUUUAACGAAAGUUCUACAUUUAUCCUCAGCGAAAUCUCCUUAGAUUUUGCUUCUUGGAGGGUUUGGAAGAGUUACAUAUGUUACAUAUGUAACAACUGAAUAGAAUAUUCUAUUCAGUUGUACUUGCAGCCCAUGAUGGUUUUAAUUGUCACGCUCAAGGAAUUGAAAUCUCAGCGUGUAAGAAACAAAUAAGGAUAAGGAACAAAAGGUUUUUGUUUGUGGUAUUAUGAACAGCAGUAUGAUAUUGAGGACUAGCAAUUUACGGCAAUCAGUCAACUACGACGUAGGAUCAGGUACAUAUGUGCAUCGGCCCAAGCUGCCAUACCUCAUCGGUACAACAAGAUGAACACCAGAUUCAUAGAAGUAGUUAAUUCAGUGGUGGUAAUAUAUAAAAGAAAGAUUGCAUAUAAGGACAUAGUACAGAACAAAGGAAUUAGUUCGUAGAAAGAAAGAUAUGAAGCGAUUUUAAUCUCUUAGUUUAAGGGAAGACAGAGAGUGCACACACCGACGCCUUUGUGAUCUAUUCUGAGCCAUGUCACUCAGAGUCUUCAACCAUUGGUUACGAUAUUCACACGGACCCCAACCGAGUAGUCUGCAUCUACUAACAUGGCUCAGACCAGAAGUUAUUAACUUCAAACACUGAUGCUACGUUUUGGUUUGGCCUCCCCUAACGUUCUUCCAGCCAUUCCCAACACCGGUUAGCAUUGUGCGUUGCGGUAAUCGGUGUCCAGGCAUACGCAACAAGUGGCCCAACCACUUCAGUCGAUGAUGAUUUACAACCUCAUCAACUGAUUUACCAUCAUUCCCUAAUACCCUACACGUCUAACCUCACUAUUACUUACCCGGUGAUCCCAGCAGAGGCAAGCAAUAUUUUUAAGACAUCUGUGGUCAAAUGCCAGUAGCUUACGAGUAUCUCCAACUCUUGAUGGCCACGUUUCGCAGCCGUAAAUUAAAACAGAACGAACUGCUGAGCAGUAUACUUGUCCUUUUAUUGAUAGACGGAUAUCUCGCCUUCGCCAUAAGUGACGUAAGUUGGUAAAAUCUAAGUGAGCUUUUCGAAUCCAUUCUGAGAUUUCGCCACACACCGACCCGUUAGGGCUGAUCAGACUUCCAAGAUAAGUGAAGUCGUCGACGCGUUCGACUACUUCACUCCCUAUCCUUAGUCCAGGUGUUGAUACAGACCAGUCCUGGAGCAAAAACUUGCAUUUAGAGGGAGAGAAGCGCAUUCCAAACAUUCUGGCAUUAUCGCUCAGUGUUACCAAAAGACUUCAUUUUAUCAGCGUCUUCAACAAACAGUACUAUGUCAUCUGCGUAUUCUAAGUCGAUAAGUGGACCUCCUGGAAGGAGAUCAAUACCCGAGAAUCCAGUCGGCGAAAACAUUAUUUCCACCAGUAGAUCUGUGAUGAAGUUAAACGGAAAUGGAGAAAGUGGACAGUCUUGACGGACACUACUUCAGGUUGCAAAAACAGCAAGUUAAAGAAGUAGACAUACAGGUUAAGCUGGUUUUCAGAUCUUCAAAGACCUGAUUUAUUUACCUGACUUUAACUAUGUCAGCUUAUGCCUUACUGACGUCAGUAAGUUAUGCUUAUUACGCAAGUAAAUUCAUUGUACUUCUCCAAUCAAUAUUCGUUUAAUCUAUUAAAUGAUGCUCAAUGCAUCUAUGGUACUUCAGUCGAUCAUAGUUUACGAUCUCAUCAGUCGAAAUUUGCCUGUUACUUUACUCCUAAUAUUGGCACUCAGCCUCAUCGCUGAUGGAAACUAUGUUGUUUGGGUGUCCGAAGUCUAUAUUAUAACCUGAAAAUUGCAAAUAGCUCCCUCACAAGUCAGGAUAAGAAGAACAAAGAUUUGAUCGUUCAAUUCAUGUAACAGUCCUAAAUAUGAUUGGUUUCGAUUAGCUGUUUUCGAGAUGGAAUAAUUAAGGAAGCUAUGAUCUUGGAACUUACGUUGGUGGGGGUGGAUGAUCAGUUAUAACAGGAUUUUCAACUACGUAAUCAUGAACAGUCGAUGGCAGUGACCUGUGGUAUAUGAUUAGGUCCAACUUCCAAAUGUUGCUACCACAAUAUAACAGAAUAUUGUACUAAAAUACGUAAUCACCAAAUUCGUAAAAAUGUAGUGGGAUACCAGAGUGAACGCUUAUCUCAUUGAAUUGGUUGAUUAUCUUAGUCUUUUUAUCGGGUAGCGAUUACGGUUGUUUGUUUCUGCACUCAGUGCAUAUCUACUCCUAUUGUCACAAUGAUCCUCUCAGUUAUAUCACAAAUUAUGUGAAUCACUGAAGUUGCCCAACAUGACUGAGUCAGUGGUCUGUUUUUUUCGCCAUCGUUCUACUAACUCCCAAAGUCUCAAACCCAUCAUUCGUGACAGUUGUGAACAAUUUUUUUUGCUUCUUGCUUUUCCCUUUUUUGUGUACUGAAAUACCACAGGUGUCUUGCCAGAUAUUUUAUGUAAAGCACGCCUAGAUGAAUUUCUUGGUGUCCAUUUAAAGGGAGCUAUGAAGACCGAUCUUUUUCCCACAAGUGGCCGAACGUUGCUCAAAAUCAUUGCUCCUGUUUGAAAAAAAUUGUUUGUUGUGUACUGCUCCUCACUAAUCCUGGUUAGCGUUUCGUCCACCACAUCUAACAGUUCCUCUGUAUACUUAGUAAAAGGUACUAGUCAAGAAUUAGUGACUCACUUUAUAGUUGCAGCAAACAGUUGGAAUCGUAGAGUCGGAAAUAGCAGCUUAAUGUUUUUCAUCUUAGUAAAGUUUAAUUCUUUAGAAGUUGGAGCCAUUUUUCAUAACCACCACGCUGACGUUUAGGAGGGGAAAAUUCCAGUCUGAGCUACAAUCACCGUAUGCAGGGACUUGAAACAUGCGAUGAUAAACAUCCUGACCCAUCCGAGUAUUUACAUUGGAUAACCCAAAGAUGACUAUUUACUCGAAGUAGCUAUUUAUAAGUAAACUAGUUUUAUUUUCCAGAUCCGUGAUCAGUGCUUAAGUAAUGCUAAUCAACUCUCCGUUUAAAUAUAAAUCAUUAGCCAUUUGAUCAUGGGGACAUGUGAAUUCACAUUUAAUCGUGCUGUACAUGUUAUUCUAACCCUAAGCUCUCGAUACCAUUACGUUUCCAUUUGAUUUUAUUAUAUUUAGAGUGUAGCAUUAUGAAUCUACAGGAUAGUGUACCAACUAAUUAAAUCUAGCCAACUAGUUAUUUUUGACAAGGCGAAGAAUUAUUGGGGAUGAGACGUACUCUCAUAUCGUCACGCUAUAAUUAGUCUUGAUGGUUCAAUUAUGUGUUUCAUUCUGCACAACUUUUUUAUAGGUUUUCAGGUAUAAGUCACUCAUAAUUUUAUGCUUCAACCUUAAUGUUCACAAGGGUUCGACAUGCAUCAUUUUUGGAGGUAAUCGGUCCGAUCGUCGAAUAAUAUGUUUGUAUAUAUUCAUGUAAAAAGUAAACAAUAUGUGCAGCUAAUUACAAUCCAUAAUAACGCGUCUCUUAGCUCAAGAUUUUCUAACUGGUUAACUUUUUAUAUAUUUAAAUACAUCACAAAUAUAUUUUAUAUACAUCAUGAUCUCGAGUUUUCUUUGUUUUAGGGACAGACCAAUAAUUUUUAAAUGUCAGACACGGCAUCUGAAUAUGCAUGUUAUAUUCUAAAUAAGUAUUUUGGUGAAGCUGCCACAGUAAGCACACAUAUUCUGUGUGUUAAAGGUUCAUCAAGUUUGUCGGAAAUUUUAAGGAAUUCUCACAAAAAGUUACACUCAAGUCGAGUUUGCAAAUGCCUUAUUUCACUUAUCAGACAUUCCAUGUUAACUAUACAGAAAGAUUCGAUAUUAAAAUACAGUUUAAAUUAUGAACGAAUAUUUUUUGUGCCAAGACUUCCAUUGUUUUGCAAACUCGUGUUUCAUUACUAUGGCAAGGUUGCUGAGCAGGCUAUGAUUUAUUUCUCUAUGUUUGGGCGUGGAUCUUUAAGUGACCUGUUAGUGUAUUGUGUUAAAAAGCAUCUUCAUAGUAAACUCCCUGUAGAAGAACAACACAGCUAUGUCGAAGCUUUAGGAACCACUGUGACUACUCUUGUUAAAACCAAUGUCCUGCAAAUUGUAAAUCCGAAGCUGUGGUCAGUUGAAUCUAACAAGGAAACUAAUGUAUCGGCUGUACCUUCUCGAACAGCUGAAGCACCUGUACAUGUCAAUGUCUCGGAAUCUGAAAUGCAAAUACCAAAGGACGAUAUAUGUGAAGCAUUACAUAAUUACAUUUCUAGUGGAUUUGUUAACUGGCCUAUUGCAAAUGAAAGAAAUAAUGAACCAGUGCGUAAACGUGUAAAACGUUAUGAUGAAUCAUCCGAGUUAGUGAAAUCUCUUAAAUUGGUGGUCUGUCCAAAUAUUAAAACAUUAGAGACAAUGUGGAGAGAUCGAUUGAUAUGUCAGUUGGCAAGUGAAAAACUUGGUGAAAUAUGCGGUGAUAUUCUUUCACAUUUAUUAUGUAUUGCUACAGCUGCUAAUAGGGGCACAGGAAUCACCUCUCCAGAGUCAGGAGCCGUUUCACGUUCAGAGCUUUUGCGAAGUAUGCGAAUUGUACCGGAUCAUAUAUCCUCGUAUAUAUCCUUACUCAUAGAUGAUGAGGUAAAAUUCAUUUUACAGCAACCUGGAUUAGCUGGUUACAUGUACACAUGUCCUUAUAAAUAUGUCAUUAAACAACUAUUUAUCAAAAAUGUGGAGUAUAUCAUACAAGUCCUCUUUGAAAGUAAUGGGUUACGUAUUUUCCGAUUUCUUCUGCUUUCUGGACCUUCAAAUUUAGAAGAGGUUGAACGAAAAGUAUUGCUUCCCCAAAGUGAUUUCCGACGAAUACUACCACGUAUGGUAUCUAUGGGACUUAUUACAACAACUGAACUAUCGCGAACAAAGGAAUACACAGCAGACACUAUCUUUUGUUUGUAUUCCAUCAAUUUGUUGCAAGUUGCUCGAUUGGUUAUUGAACUUUCACAACAUGAGGUUUUUCGUAUCUCUUUGCGUCGUGAUUAUGAAUUUUCACAGAAAAGUCGUCUAAUUGAACAACGUUACCGUAUUGAAUCUCUUAUCCUGAAACAUCAGGCUAAGUUGAAUGAAUACAACGAAUCGUCGUCUAGUGCAUCUCUAAAUGAUUCGAAUGAGUCUGAAUCACAACACAAAGAAAGUAUAGAAUCUUUGAAAUCUUCAAUAACACCUGCUGAACUGCAUCAAUUAACAGUUUUGUCAGACAAAUUAUCUAAGUUAAUUAACUGUGAAUACAAAUGUCAUACAGCAUGGUUUGUAGCUGAUCUUUUUCUUCGUUUACAUUCUUGA